UUGUAGAUUUCCUGCCUCAGUGGAUGAAAUCCUGGAAAUGCAGAGCCAUCAUACAGACCUUCUGGAGCUGCUGGGUCACAGAUUGGAUCUUUAGGACUGAAAAGCUUUUCUGAGAGAGAAGCCAAAGGUGGAUUUGAAGUGAAAGCUGAAAGUUGUAUCUGGACAAAGAUCACCUGAUUCCAGCAAACAUGGAUGGAAGACCCACCUGUGACCAGUGUGGAAAGACUUUCUCCACAGCAUAUAACCUAAAAAAACACCAACGCAUCCACACUGGAGAAAGACCAUAUGAAUGUGACCAAUGUGGAAAGAGUUUCAUCCAAAUGAGUGGGCUUAAAUAUCACCAACACAUCCACACUGGAGAAAGGCCAUAUGAAUGUGACCAAUGUGGAAAUGCUUUCUCCACAGCAUAUAACCUAAAAAAACACCAACGCAUCCACACUGGAGAAAGACCAUAUGAAUGUGACCAAUGUGGAAAGAGUUUCAUCCAAAUGAGUGGGCUUAAAUAUCACCAACGCAUCCACACUGGAGAAAAACCAUAUGAGUGUGGCCAGUGUGGAAACGCUUUCACCACAGCAAGUCACCUAAAAAUGCACCAACGCAUCCACACUGGAGAAAGACCAUAUGAAUGUGACCAGUGUGGAAAUGCUUUCACCACAGCAAGUGAUCUAAAAAGACACCAUCGCAUCCACACUGGAGAAAGACCAUAUGAAUGUGACCAAUGUGGAAAGAGUUUCAUUCAAGUGAGUGGGCUUAAAUAUCACCAACACACCCACACUGGAGAAAAACAAUAUGAGUGUGGCCAGUGUGGAAAUGCUUUCACCACAGCAAGUUACCUAAAAAUCCACCAACGCAUCCACACUGGAGAAAGCCCAUAUAAAUGUGACCAGUGUGGAAAGAGUUUCGUCCAAGUGAGUGGGCUUAAAUAUCACCAACACACCCACACUGGAGAAAAACCAUAUGAGUGUGGCCAGUGUGGAAAUGCUUUCACCACAGCAAGUUACCUAAAAAGCCACCAACGCAUCCACACUGGAGAAAGCCCAUAUGAAUGUGACCAGUGUGGAAAUGCUUUUAUCAGAGCAAGUGAUCUAAAAAGACACCAGCGCAUCCACACUGGAAAAAAGCCAUAAGCCUGUGCCCAGUGCGGAAAGAGUUUCGCCC